GAGGGUAUUACAAUAUGCUCUAUUAGAUAGGCUCACAACGGAGACUUGGACCUUUUACCUGACGUGUCGGGAGAUGUAACGCGCGGAACUACUCAAGGGCCACAUCACCAAUUCGGCAAUCAGUCAUUUGUUUCGAACAAUCACUACCAACAUCAGGCAAGAUCUAUGGCGAGUUCGGUUAUGUACUAUGGAAGUCAAGGACAGAACGAAAUGACCUAUACAUCACCCCAGACUAUGCAGCCUCACGUCAAUAGCAGCUAUCAGCCUUCAACCCCGCUUUCUCUCUAUGGUACAAGUGCUGCAACGUAUUCCACUGGCUAUCACUCAACAGUGCCGCAAUUUCAGCCAGAACAGAUCGCACUCCCGCUGCACAAUGGUCCAGGUAAUGCCUCGCCUUAUCGCUCUAACGAUCAUCUCGGUGCAGAUGACCGAAACGUCUCGUCGACUGCUACCUUUGAUCCGACGUAUCCAAUGCCAACCCAACAAGCAUCCCCAGACGCCAGAACUCAUCAAAAUCAGACUUUUGGAUAUGGAAUCAACAGUCAGCUCAUGCCUGAUGCCCCAGUAUCAGAUCAAUACGUCGAAAGGUGGAAUGACGGGAAUAACCACCAAAACAGCCAACACUGAGCGCAAGCCUGACUAUUCCGUGUUUCCUGCCUCCAGCUAGGGAAUCAGAAUCUAUUGGAGUUGAAGGAAUCAUCUCCUUCUUUGGAGCAUUGCGAUGCCAUCCACUGAGUGGCAACGAGAUCAAUAAAAUUUCCUUUCAAUUCUAGCAUCGAGAUGGAAUGUACACAAAAUUGGCAAUUUGCAUCACGUCCUGUGUCCCUUAUCUUUCCAGUUCCAAUUGAUUCUUACACUUGAGUCUUCAGUGGAGGAGCAUCGGUGGAGUCA